AUGCGGAAGCAGUCGAAUAGGCAGCGGGAUGUUGGGGCCCUGGUAAAUUUACCACCUUUGGGUGAUACCGUUUUCCCAGGCAUCUUAGUUUCUGGUGGUGCCCCUCAGUUCGACUUUAACUCCUAUAGCGCGAGCACCUCUCUGCUCGUUUGGAUCCAGUUCUUAACUGGGAGGGAGCUUUUCCACGAUAUCUUAACCGGGACUAAUGCCAAAGCUGGGAAAAGCUCAGCUUCCCCUUCAAAAUCUUUGGCAUUACCAACUCCUGCUCCAUCAUCCCCUGGCGUCGACCCCCCAAUCACCGAAGCAGAAGAUACUCCCAUGAGUCCGCCCGUUGUGGUAACGUCUUCUCGCUCGGACAAGGGGAACUCUUUCAUUUUUUUGGAUGAUUGUGUCGUCAUAGCUAUUGCAGAGUCAUGCAAUAGUGUCGAUAUCUUUCAUGUAUUGAUUUUUCUUUUAAUACAUAGAUAUGUGUACAACAAUUGCUCGUCAGGUAUUCUUAUUGAUCUGAAAUCAAAUUGUUACUGUAGCAUUGAAAUUUACAAGCAUGACAAAGAAGAAAGAAUAGCAAGAACCUGGGGUACCACUGCACGUGGUCUACCUUAUGUCGAGGAAGCUAUUACCCCUGCUGGAAACUGGCUGAUCGAUGGUGAUUUAGAAGUAAUAGAACCCAUCAAGUACAAUGAUGGUCUUGAUCGCUUCCGGCUUUCCCCUUCACAACUCCGUGACGAGUUUCUGAGACGUAACACAGAUGCUGUGUUUGCUUUCCAGCUCAGAAAUCUUGUGCACAAUGGCCAUGCUCUAUUGAUGACCGACACGCACCGUCGGCUUUUGGAGAUGGGAUAUAAGAAUCCUGUCCUCUUGCUUCAUCCAUUGGGAGGUUAUACAAAAGCAGAUGAUGUACCACUUAGUUGGCGAAUGAAGCAACAUGAGAAGGUGCUUGUGGAUGGUGUUCUUGAUCCGGAGACUACAGUAGUUUCUAUAUUCCCAUCUCCCAUGCACUAUGCGGGGCCAACUGAGGUUCAGUGGCAUGCUAAGGCUCGGAUUAAUGAAGGUGCAAACUUCUACAUAGUAGGCCGGGACCCUGCUGGCAUGAGCCACCCACUUGAGAAAAGAGAUCUUUAUGAUGCAGAUCAUGGUAAGAAGGUUCUGAGUAUGGCUCCUGGAUUAGAGCGGCUUAACAUUCUUCCAUUCAAGGUGGCUGCUUAUGACAAGACUCAAGGUAAAAUGGCAUUCUUUGAUCCAUCAAGGCCUCAAGACUUUCUGUUAAUAUCUGGCACAAAGAUGCGAACCCUUGCAAAGAAAGGUGUGAAUCCUCCAGAUGGAUUCAUGUGCCCAGGUGGCUGGAAAGUUUUGGUCGAUUAUUACGAGAGUUUGGCUCCCUCUGGGGAUGGCAGAGUACCUGAACCUGUCCCAGCUUAAAUUUACUACAUUAUAAUUGUGCUUGGGAGAAACAUCAAACCUAUUUAUCUCCUAUGUAUCCUU